GCCAGAAGUGCAAAUGGUUUGUCUUUCAGAACCAUCUAACGUCAGGCAUCUCAGGGGGUUUGCCAAAAAAAAAAAAAAAAAAAAAAUCCAUUUGUACGCUGGUGUCGGCAAGCUGUGGCCAAGGUUUGUAUAUUAACUACGGGAAGAACACCCGAUAGACGCGAUGGCUGCAGCUUCCGCCGCGGGGUGGGUGGUUUGGGGCUGUUGCAGUUUCCUUGUACAAAAGAGCAGCUCACACUCCGGGCUUGAUGUCAAGACGACUCCUGUGCCGUGUCUUGGUUAUCGUCAUCUUCGCUUCGUGUACCAAUUAACAAAAUGGCUGUUAUUCCCGGAUUGAAGAUUUCCGGUCUUCUCUUUAGUAUCGGUGCCAGUGCCAUGGCGCUAGGCGCGUUUUAUCCGUUCUUCUGCAAUCACAACGAAAUCGAGAUGCCCAGACAGGAAUUUUAUGUCUGGGGUUCUGUGUCUGAGGCUGCGCGGAAAGCUAUUGAGAUAAGGUACAAGUUAAUAGCCUAUAUCUAUACUGCCGUUUAUUACCAGACCCAGACUGGAAAGCCAGUUCUCAAUCCUCUCUUUUACCUGUAUCCUGAGGACGAAAAUACCUUCGCGAUUGAUUUGCAGUUCUCCUACGGCGACGCUAUCCUUGUGAGCCCGGUAACAACAGAAAACGCCACCAGCGUGGAGGCCUGUCUUCCGAAAGAUAUAUUUUACGAUUACUACACUGGAGCCAAAAUUCUCGGCAAAGGACAGAAUGUUCGUAUUAACAACGUUCCCCUGACCCAUAUCCCUCUUCAUAUACGCGGUGGUACUGUGGUUCCCAUGCGAUUUAGGAGUGCAAAUACUACAACGGAACUGAGAGAGCAACCCUUGAACAUCCUCAUCGCCCCCGGUCUGCAUGGGGAUGCGUCCGGAAGUCUAUAUCUUGACGAUGGAGAAUCGUUAGAGCAGGAAUGUGCCACGGAGAUCAAUUUUGACUAUAACAACGGGAAAUAGAUCGUGAGUGGCAAGUUCGGGGUUAAUAUUGGAGACACCCUCAGAGUCAAAACAAUUACGCUGUUGGGAGUGGAGAGGCGCCUAGAAUUAUGGUCUACCGAAGGAGAAUACUUUGAGGCCGAUAGGAAGUUUGUCUUGAAUGUUGGACUGCCGUUGUCGCGGGCGAGUAAUAUAACAGUGGUUAAAGAAGGAUCCUGGCAGGUGGACCCGGACUUCUGAUUCCUGCGUGAUUGGGUGGACACUCCACCUAAUGUGUUCAUUCCACGGUUCCCAGUAAUAUAAGCUACUUGUUCAAUAGUAGAUUGUUUCUCUUCUAGAUAGCUCUUUGUGGAAAAAGAGAAUGCAGCUGCUAGGCACUCUCUACGGAAGAGCGUAAUGAUACCAACCCA